CGGCAGACCCAGAAUGCUGUGCAGGACUGGGGCGGUGUGUCCCAGCUCGGUGAUGGGCUUCCCUGGAAACGGGAGGCUAUCGGCCUCGGCCCUGGCCUUCCCAGCCGGGCCCGCGGCCGCCGUGCUCUUCGCUCUUGUAUUCUCUAUUUACCUGCAGACCCUGCACCCUGCGGUGCCGGGCGGCGAUUCCGGGGAGCUGUUGACGGCUGCCUGCGAGCUGGGGGUGGCACAUCCUCCUGGGUAUCCAUUGUUCACUCUUCUGGCCAGGCUAACCAUGACCAUUCUUCCGAUGGGCUCUCCGGCUUUCAGAGUGAAUGCAUUGAACGCAAUGCUGGGGGCAGCCACAGCUCCCCUGCUCUUUGACGCAGCCAGCAGAUUGUCGGGAUCCUUCGCUGGAGGGCUUCUUGCUGCAGGUCUCUUUGCCUUUUCCAGACUAGCAUGGCAAUGGUCGGUUACAACUGAAGUUUUCUCCUUCAACAAUUUCUUUGUUGGCCUCCUAAUGGCCUUGACAGUUAGAUUCAGCACAGUGUCAACUGCACGGGAAAGGACAAAGCUUUCUCUACAGGGUGCAUUCUGUUGUGGCCUGAGUCUCUGCAAUCAGCAUACGGUUAUUCUCUAUGUGAUGUAUAUUGUUCCAUGGAUUUUGCUUCGAUUACACAGAGAAAAGGAGUUGUCUGUCCGGGCCAUCUGGUGGUUGGGUCUGAGUUUUGGAGCUGGUUUGCUGCCUUACCUGUAUCUGCCCAUCUCAUCCAGCCUCAACCAAGCACGGUGGAGCUGGGGAGACCAAACCACCCUGAGAGGCUUCAGCACCCACCUGCUGCGGGAGGAGUACGGCACAUUCAAUCUGGCCAAAUCUGAGGUGGGUUCAGGACUGCUGCAUGUCUGGAGUUAUCAGAUGAUGCACAUAAAGACUGAACUGACAGCAAUCGGGGCAGCCUUGGCACUUGUGGCCAUCCCACUGCAGGGCCUAAAGAGGAGCUCCUCUCAAUCCUCAGUCUUGUGGCUUUUCACUGUGAUGCUCUGCUCUUACUCCCUGUUCUUCUCCUGGAGAGCUAACCUGGACAUUACCAAACCUCUCUUUGUUGGCGUGGUUGAAAGAUUCUGGUUACAGAGUAAUUUGGUGGUUUGUGUUCUGGCAGGCUGUGGUCUAGCUUCAGUCUCUUCUGUGCUGCAGAGAAUAAUGGGCAAUCACUCACUGUGGCGCUGGGCAGAGUGGCUCCCUGCUAUCCUCCUCACUGCUUACCAACUCCAAUGCAACUACAGGAUCUGUGACAAGAGUAACAAUGACGUAGUGGACAAAUUUGCCAGAAAUGUAUUGGGCAGCAUGCCCCCUGACUCCAUCAUCCUGCUCCGUGGUGAUCUCCCAGGAAACUCUCUGCGGUACCUCCAUUACUGUGAGAAGCAUCGGCCUGACCUCAGCCUGGUGGAUCAGGAGAUGAUGACUUACAACUGGUAUUUGCCAAAAUUGGCCAAACACUUACCCAUUGUCCGUUUCCCCGGAAAUCGCUGGCAGCCUGUUGACAUGGAGGGUUCAGCUGGGAUUGUGACUUUCAACCUGCACCAGUUAUUUAUUGAGAACAGAGAUAAGGAGAUCUUUGUGUGUAUUGGGCUGCAUGAAGGAGACUCCAGUUGGAAACAGAGUUACACCCUGUGGCCUUGGGGAAUGUGUGAAAGGCUGGUCCGGUCCACCACUCAGUUCAGCCCUGAAACCUGGAUCCAACGCACCAAGUACUUGUACAACUGGACAGAGGAAUACGGCAGCUACGAUCAAUUUUCAUGGGAAGCCGUGGCAAACGAAGAGAUGUGGCAAGCCAGAAUGAAAACACCAUUCUUUUUAUUUGAGUUGGCAGAGAAUCCAGCCCAGCCAGAAUCAAUAAAGUUGCAACUAUAUACAUUUGUCUAUCAGAUGUAUCAGGAGUUGGUCACCUCAGAGAAACAUCCUGUUAAUUGGCAUAAAAACUACGCAAUAGUCUGUGAGAGGAUGUUGCGGAACUCUCCACAGGAUUUAACUGGUGUUGAUCCACGAUUUCUUCUGUCAGAAACUAUCAAACAUUUUUCGCUCUAUGUGGCCAAAGCACCAGAUGACCCACAAAUAAAUGCCAUUGUUCAGGUCAUUGGGCACCUGAAGGGGGAGCAAGAAAGAGUAAGAAAACUGGAGAGGACGAGGGAAGCAUCUGAUAUCAGUGAUGAGCCACUGACUGGAAGCACUGCCUUUCCUCACUGAAUAGAUGAACAACCUCAGAAGUUAUUGACCAAUCGUAAUCGUUUUGAGUCUCGCUAAUCAGAUCACAGGAUCAUUUGCUAACAAGUCUCUCUGGUUUAAGAAUUGUGUGGACCAUGUAAUGUCGUGUUUUUUGAUUACAAAGGAUGAUGAUGAUGGGUGAAAUUGUACAUAUUGUUUUAUACUGUACUUCAUUUUAAAUGAUAAAUCAUUAAGUUAUACUUUUUAA